AUGGACCACUCGAUGCAUAUGGCCAUGGGUCACGGCGAUAUGGGUCACGGCGAUAUGAACAUGGGUGCGAAAUGCAAUAUGAAUAUGUUGUUCAACUGGUCCUCCGAGAAUUUAUGCAUCAUCUUCCGCAGCUGGCAUAUCACCGGUCCUUUCUCCUUCCUCUUGUCGCUCAUCGCUAUCGUUAUCCUUACUGCAGGCUACGAGGGAGUACGGUCAGCGACUCGGAAAUACGAGGCUGCCCAUGUGCAGCGGCUAAGUGCGUUUUUGAGUCUUCCUGCCACUACUGGGGACGCUGAGAUCGCCGACCCUAUCAUUGCCAACGGCCUGGCGGAUACAAUCCAUAACACUCGCAACGAAGGCUCACCACUGCUUGUAGGAAGGGACAACAGAGGGACGUUAGUGCGCAAGGGCAAGCUUAUCAUGGCGGCUUUGUAUGCCAUCCAAGUCUUCUAUAGCUUUUUCAUUAUGCUUCUCUUCAUGACGUAUAAUGGGCAGGUAAUGAUUGCGGUUGCAGUGGGAGCGUUCGUUGGGUACUUGGUUUUCUCAGAAGGCACCCCAGCCGCAAAGACAAUCGCGUGUCAUUGA